GGCCAUUUUGGUUCAACCAACGAACACGUUGCUGAUUGCACAGGAUGCUUUUGGCUGGAGGUGUGGUGAGGUUUCAUGCACUGCCUGUCGACGAGGUGGAACCACGUAGCCGCUGCAAGGUCAUUCGCUGGGGCUGUGGAGCAGCUCUUCUUGGCCUGCUUGGCGCUUGUGGUCUCUCGCUCUCCAGGAAUCCGGGAAUUCCACGUGGAAACGUGGAAUUUCUGGGUGUCAAGCAAAGCAUUGGCAUUGACCUGGAUGAUGAUUUCCUGCCUGAGCCUGACCCACAAGACUGGUCUUCGCUGAAGAAGGAGAUCAAACUGGAGAAGUACGACCCGGGAGCUUGCUUGGGAAAGCUCAGCUUCGCUACAGCGUGGAGCGCAUCGCUUGGACUGAAGUUGAGGGCUGCAGUGCAGGAGUGCAACGAAAGAAAUUACCGGGAUGAUCCCACGCCCUUCCGGCGUCUCCACACGCUUCAUCGAAUGCCAAGCUUGCCACAAGAGGCAUCUGUGUACUACCCGCCGUCUGCAUGGGCCGAGUAUGACAUGGCCAGUCGAGGCAGUCGAGGUCGAGCUCUUGAAGAGACUAAUGGCCCGGAGGCUGAAGCAGCCUACAACCUGACCUCUGGAUUCUUGCGGCUAAAGACACGCUUCGCCUUUGGCAAGCAAUGGACCUUCGAAGGCUGGCACUACAUGAAGGAGCAUGACUCUGGCUGUGUGUGGGACACCCGCAGCAGCAGUGCUGCUGCAGGCCUACGGGCAUGUUUCUACGGUGGCCUCCUGAGAAUUGAUUUCUUCGAUCCGAAGAAUCCGAAUGAGGCCGUUCCGAAGGUGGCCUCUGUGACUGCCGGCGGAGCUAUACCCUUGUCCACCUGGAUUCACCUGGCUCUGCAACGAAGGGGAAGCUACUUGGAAUUUUUCAUGCAGGGCAGCCCAGCCGGGAACGCAACUGUACCAGAACAGCUGACUGAUGGGCUUCUUUCGCAAUCCAACAUCAGAUUGGGGGGCUCGGUUGACAAUAACCCAGGACAAAACUACAAAGGCAUGAUGAGCAACAUGCGUCUUACGACUGAUGCUGUGUACCCUCAUCGCUUUGAGCCUGAAGCCAAUCUUCAGCAGCUCAAGAAAACACGUUUUCUGCUCAAGGCACAUUACAUAGAUGUCGUGACAAUGCGGCAGAUGAGGAUGAGUGGGAAUGUGACCACCAAGUAUAGCCCGAAUAUUCUGCUGGACAGUUGGAAAGCACAGGGUCUCAUUGAUGAUCACAACUUCACAGCGCCAAUGAACAAAACGAGGUUGGAGGUGCUUCGGCGUCUCUUCCCGUUCGAGGAUCCAAUCUACAAAACCGAGUUCUUGGGAGCCUUCUGUGCCAGGGUAAUCUUGCAGAUUCUGAAGGAGAUCACAACGAUCCAGGACAAGUUGAUGGACGCAGUGCCAUUAUGUGAUCCCACUGCCACAAGCCCGCAGUGCUACAAGGCUGUGAACUACGCAGUUCGGCAAGCAGUGAGCGUGGGCCGUUACGGAGCUGAGUUGCGGCCGCGUUGCGAGCAGACUGUGAGUGAGGAUUUCCGCGGAGAUUUCAGGUGCAGCGAGCGAAUGGAGGGCAUUUCCUGGGCUUUGGAUGGCUUCGGAUCGCAACUCUCAAAGGCCUAUCGUGUUUGCCAUGACCAUGAUCUCAGCAGCCCGAAACUGGACUAUGGAGCUUGUGUGGGUGAAUCCUUGUCCGCCACUGGCUACAUGUUUGCGUCUGCUCUUCUCCUGGAAUCUGCCUUGGGCUUUGAUUGUCCAAGUGACUUUGACGACGCUCGUCCACUGACAGAAACACUUCAGCUCACCUGUGCAAGGGACUCAACCGCUAUCUUUCGUACAACUUUUCUGGCAGGCUCAAAGGCUGUGAGAGCAGCGGGCCACUGCGGCGGCAAGGACACACUGUGUGGUCGCAGCAUCCUUCGAAGUGCUGCAGCCAUCUCCGGCGUUGCGGAAGUGGGAGUCUUCCAGCGAGUGUUCUGCCACGGGCCAACACCUUGCUGCCAGAGGAAUGCUGACACGAAUGAGUUGGAAUGCGCCUGUGAGAAGGAUGAUCUCAUUGAGCUCAGGAGAGAUGACCGUUCGGACAGCCAACAGUGUGGCAGGUUUUCGGGCUCAGCAUUGAAGCUUCUUGGCUCCGCUAGUCUGGCAGCCACGGAGGCAGAAGGCCAGUGCAAGUUCUCAAAGAGUGCCCAGAGCUCUUGCAACACCAUGGUGCCCGCAGCCAUGGCAGGUUUGGGUUUCUUCAUUGAAAAUGCCGCCAGACAGUCUCGAGACUGCCCCAAACCGCCCUUCCCACUUGAUCCGGAGGAGAGAAGAAAGGAUAAGAUACUUGGACCAGCUGACCCUCAACAAUUCUACCAGUGUGGUCAGGACACUAAGCGCCUUGGCGUAUCCAUGGAUGUGAUAUCUCGUGGUAUUGCCGGUGCUGUGGUGAACUGCCCGUAUGGUAAUGCGGAUGAUUUGGAGCAGGUCACCAAACCAGUGAAGUCAGCUAGGCGCUUUUUCACGCCAUGAACCUGACUGAGACCAAGCAGCAUAAAGCAUCCGAUGCCCAUCAAGCGGCCCAAUUUCUUAGAGAAGACUGACCAAGCAAUCAAGUAGCGUGCGUUUGUGCCAAGAGUAGCAUACAACAUGCUUACCUUGGUACAAACAUUGUUGGAUAAUUCGAGAAUUAGAGAAUUAGCUGUAAUCAAUAUGAUGUUGCAUGAGGGUGCUGCGGCUGACCGGCCGCUGGGUUUUAGAGACUCAAAUUUGGUCUCCAGGCUUGCCGACGGCGACAUACAGAUCCGCAGUUUUAAUGCUAGAUACAUUGCACGUCAUUGCACAUGGACGCCGUUUCGAUUUUGUCUGCUAGUUGAUGGCCAAUGGAGCAUUCCGCCCGCUUACAGAUUCAUGUUUUAUAUCUUUUGCGAUCUAUAUCGCAGUUUCUUUCAAAUUUGAUCCAGUACUUUUGGCGCGAACCAUAUCUAAUUGGCGGUUCUGCUCAUCGCCCAUCUCCUGUGUGCAGCCUUAGACUUGUUCCUGACUUUGCAGAGCAGCAAGCUCUUGAAGCCGUUCUCCAAGCAAAGAGGAGCAAUCACGUUGAGGCUACUCUCAACAGCGCCAAUGCCACCCGAGCAUUGGCGUGCAUUGGUAUUGUUUCUGCACUUAUAAAUUUGCAAGAUUUUUGCGCGCCGCAUGCUGGCCCCCACCGAUGCAUGUGAAUUCUGCAGCUGACUGCUGAGGUAGGCAGAGCCUGAGACAAAAUUCACUGGAUGCGAUUGUGGUUCUGAGUUUGC